AUGGUAAAGACUUUAGUGACUCAGCACAAGUGUCUCCAAACCAGAUCUGUGUAUCAUUGCACCUCUACUUUUCUUUGUAAGCAACUAAAAGACCAAAUUGUAGAAAAUCCUAAUAUUCCUGUGAAGGCACUUCAGGAUCAGUUUCAAAGGAAAUACGAGGUAGAGGUUUCAAGAAUGAAAGCUUUCAGAGCAAAAACAAAGGCACUUGACCAACUUCAUGGUGAUUAUCAAGCACAAUACAGUGUUCUAAGGGAUUACAUCUGUGAACUUUACAAGACAAAUCCAGGUACUACAGUUCAAAUUGAGGUAGAACCAUGUGCAGAUCACAGGUCUGUGACCAGAAAGUUCAAAAGAAUUUAUGUGUGUCUAGGGUCACUGAAGCAAGGGUUUAAAGCAAUUGGUAGAGAGUUGUUGGGUCUGGAUGGAGCUUUUAUAAAGGGUCCAUACCCUGGUCAGGUUCUUAGUGCUGUUGGUGUUGACCCUAACAAUGGGAUAUACCCCUUAGCCUAUGCAGUAGUUGAGGCAGAAACCUUGAAUUCUUGGACAUGGUUCCUUCAGUGCCUUGGUAAAGAUCUGGAAUUGGAGUCUAAUUCAAACUUUACCUUCAUUAGUGACAGGCAAAAGGGCAUAAUCCCAGCACUGCAGAAGGUGUUCCCAUGUGCUGAACACAGGUUUUGCCUAAGACAUAUUCAUGAGAAUAUGAAGUUGAGAUUCAAAGGAAAAGAAUACAAAGAUAACUUAUGGAAGUUAGCAACAUCAAGCACUGUUGAGUACUUUGAACAAAACAUGCAAUCCUUGAAGGCAUUCAAUGCUGAAGCACAACUAUGGUUGUCUGAUAUCCCACCACAACAUUGGUCAAGAUCACACUUCUCAGGUAGGGCACUAUCAGAUGUGUUGUUAAACAACAUGUGUGAAGUUUUUAACUCAAGGAUAAUGGAUGCAAGAGACAAACCUAUUAUCACACUUUUGGAGUACAUCAGGGAGUAUCUCAUGAGAAGGAUUGUGAAUGUGCUUAGAGUUAUGGACAACUGUGAUGGACUGUUGACACCAUAUGCUCACAAGAAGUUUGAGGAGAUUAAGUUACAAGCUAGUAGGUGUUCAGUCAUGUGGAAUGGGGAAGACCAUUAUCAAGUUAGAGGCCCUGCUGGAUUUGGUGUUGUGGUGGAUUUAAAAAGUAGAACAUGUACAUGUAGGAAAUGGGAGAUCACAGGGAUGCCGUGCAAACAUGUUGUGGCUUCAAUAUGGAACAAGAAUAUGUAUGGUGGGAAAGGAACAGAACUACCUGAGACAUUUGUCCAUCCAGUGUACACAAUGGAUAGGUGGAAACAAGUGUACAAGUAUAAGGUGUAUCCAAUCAAUGGGAGGACUUUGUGGCCUAAGUCUAAUGUCCCUACCACUUUAACACCACCAAACCAUCACAAGCCUAUUGGUAGGCCAAAAAAGGCAAGAAAGAGGUCAGCCCUGGAGUUGGAGGAGUCAACAAAAGAUGGAAGACUGACAAAGAAGGGAACGACGAAGAACUGUUUGAAGUGUGGCAAAACAGGGCACAAUCGCAGAACAUGCAAGGGACAGGAGGCAUCCUAG